AUGGAUGGUCAAUGGCGCGAGGCAGCACCGGGGUCGUACCAGCGAAUAGCAACCCCGAUGGAGCGCUGGAUGGCGAUGAUCACUCAAACUGGCCACGAACUCGAUCAAGAGCAUUUUGUGAUCUCGGUGACACUGCAGCUCCAGGUGCAAGAAGGGCUCUCAGCGUUUGUGCCAGACUUACGGCAUGCGUGGGGUAUUUUGCGCCAGCAACAUUCCUCAAUCGCGAGCUUGUUAGAUCGUAAGGCCGGGAUCUGGCAAUACGUCGUUCCCACGCCGGACGAUGUUGAAUCCUGGUUUACCGAGACAUUCAUUAUUGGCCCCUCUGCAACAGCGACCGGCCCAAUGCCAUCGCAAGCGCAUCCCCCAAAGCGACCGAGGCUCCUGGUGUUGCCGGCUACAAGCGAAAUCGUCUUCCAAGCCCCUCAUACGGUGACCGAUGGCAAGGGUCUUAUGCUGAUCGCCAGUGAGCUGCUCCGGAUCGCUACGGCGUCGCCCAAGGCUCCGCCUAGCUAUGACGCUAUCAAUCUCUCUCCUCCAUUUUCUGUAGCUGUCGGUCUUCCGCCAGUCAACGAAGACGACAUGCGCCGCGCUGCAUCCGACCUAGAACGAUUUCUGUCGGCACUGCCUGCGAUGAUCUUACCCACGAAGACGACGACUGCCGCUGUCAGUAAACGACGCCCAGCGCGGACAAAGCACGUUUCCCGAGAAAUCUCGGAGCACGACACACAGUCUCUACUGUCUCGGCUUAAGCAGAGGGGGCUUACGGUCACACAUGCUGUCCAUGCAGCAAUCGCCUGCACAACACAGCGGUUCAACAUCAAUCCCUUCUCCAAUAUAUAUGCAGGCGCAUUGGUUCUGGACGGACGCAGUGUCUACGGGGAUGAGAGGAGUUGUGUAAAGCACCCAGCUUCACUCUCCUGUACCGGAUGGUUUCCAACUGUGCAAGUAUCCAGCUUCGAGUCUACUGCGGAAGCCUUCAAGACUGAAUAUACCAAAUUCCAACGGGACCGGCGGCUUCCAAACGUGGUCGAUGGCUUAAUUAUACAGGUCAUGCCGUUACUCUCCGGAUCAGCGCCGUCGUCCGGCGCCGAUGCCUUAUUGAGUAGUCUCGGCCUGGUUGAGAGCGUGAUUCACCACAAUUAUUCCUCUGUGGAGGUGUUGGGGUUUGAGAUCGGGUGUGAGGUCCUCACUCCGGCAAUCGAUAUCUUCCUGUACACCUGGCGCGAUCGCAUCAGGUUAGCGGCGUACUACAAUGAGAAUUACUACGAGGCGGAGAUGGUCGAGCAAUUCUUGGGCAUGGUGAUUUCUAUUUUGAAACGAGAAUUGAUGGGGAAUUGA